AUGGCGGUUGAUCCAACAUGUGUUCAUUGCAAUGAAGCUGAUGAAACAUGCAGUCACCUCUUCUUCAACUGCAACUACUCCAAACAGAUAUGGCAGGCGCUAGUAGGAGGUAUCUUGAAAGGGGCCUUCACCACGGACUGGAACGACAUUGUGACGAUGGUAUCAAGCGAUAGACUGCCAUCAACAAAACAAUUCCUUCUUCAAUAUACAUUCCAAGCCACGGUCCAUGCUGUAUGGAGAGAAAGAAAUGGCCGUAGGCAUGGAGAGCAAGCUAAAUCUGCGAGUCUGUUAGCGAAGCUUGUGGACAAGACAAUUCGUCUUAAGCUUCUCAUGGUUGACGUCGAUUGGCCCAUGAACUACAUGAACCAACGAUUUUUCCACCCAGACUUCUUGCCUCAUCAAUUGGCUCCCUAA